UAUACACAGUAAAUCAUCCAUUUCCCAAUUUUCGAAUCUACCCUUUUUUUUCUCUCUCUCUCUCUCCUCACUCACUCUCUCUCUCUAUGGACCCAUCCUCGAUCCCUCCAGCUCCGGCUCCGACCACCGUCCCUUUCGCCGCCGAACCGAACAACCACCCUCCAGCUCCCAUUCCGGAGCCACAACUGAACCACCCACCUUACGCUGAGAUGAUAUACACAGCAAUCGAAGCACUGAAGGAGAAAGAUGGGUCAAGCAAAAGAGCAAUAGCGAAGUACAUAGAGCAAGUUUACAAGGAAACGCUUCCACCGAAUCACUCGAACUUGUUGACUCAUCACUUGAAGCGUUUGAAGAACAACGGAAUGCUCGUGAUGGUCAAGAAAUCUUACAAGCUUCCUAGAUCUGCUCCUCUCCCAGCAGUAACAGCACCAGCCGCACCCUCAUCUUCACAAUCCCCAAGGCCCAGAGGUCGCCCCCGCAAGGCCCAAGCCCUACACCUUCAACCUCAGCCCAUACAGAAUGCUAAUAAUAACAACAACUCCCAGCAGCAAAAUGCCGAGCCUGUCUGGGCCGCUCUUGGGCUUGCUGAUGACCCGCAGGCUGCAGGAACAGCAGCAGCAGUGCCUGAGGAGAACAAGAGAGGCCCGGGUCGUCCUCGAAAGAUGGAGGCGGGCCCGGGCCCUUCUGUUGCUGCUUCGAUGACCCCGGCUCCUCGCCGGGGCAGAGGUCGUCCGCCUGGGUCUAAGACUAAGAAGAGGGUGGGCCGUCCCCCUAAAGAAAAGCCCGUCGCGGCUGUUUCUGAUGGGCUCAAGAGGCGACCGGGUCGACCGCCGAAAAACCAGCCGCAACCAACUCCGAUUCCCUUUGCUGCACCAGCUCCUGCUGCCGCCGUUGCAGCCGGACUUCCAGCACCGGCUGACGGUGGUGCUGCUGUGCCCGUCGUGGCGGAGGCUCCAAGGUCUAGAGGAAGGCCCAGGAAAAAUACCAACCCUGCCAUUGCUGUGGCUGCUGCUGCUGUUGCUGCCCCGGGCCGUGGUCGGGGUCGUGGUCGCGGUGGUGGACGAGGAAGAGGAAGAGGGCGUGGGGGAUUGACUGCGCAGGCCAAGUUUCCUACCGGAAAGCCUGUGGGCCGCCCAAGGAAGGGAACAACUGCUGCUAGUACCUCGCAAAAUGUUGCUAAUGAAGAUCUCACGAGGAAACUUGAACACUUUCAAUCAAAGGUCAAGGAAUCUCUUGCAGUGCUUAAGCCUCAUUUUAACCAUGAAAGUCCAGUCACAGCAAUUGCAGCAAUUCAAGAAUUGGAAGUACUGGGAACUAUGGACCUCAAUGCACCGUUAAGGGAUGAAACACUUCCACAGCAACAGCACCUGCAGCAAGAGCAGCAGCAGCAGCAGCAACAGCAACAGCUACUACCACAACAACAGCAGCUGCCACCACCACAACUGCAGCCACAGCCACAGAUAUUUCAACAACCGCAAUAUCCCCAGUUUCAUUUGCAGCCGGUUGCACAGCAAUAUGUGUAUCAUCAGCAGCCGCCACCGCCGCAGCAGUAAGAGUUUCAUCCUUAGGAAUCAGGUGCAAGCUAGGAAGAAGUACAUGGUCCUGAAUUUGAUUAUGAAGGUAGAAAGAAUUACAUGGAACAACUUGUACAAGUGUUUUUUAACAAGGGCAUAUGAGGUAACAGAUUUGUAAAGCGAGUAGGAAGCAGCAGAACUGAUUCUUGGUUGAGAGUGAAAUGACUGUCCAUUUUAGUUUGUUGUUGUGAACCGUUCUAGAUUGACCCCUUAAGUAAUUUUUAGAUUUUAGAGUACUGAUGAUUCUCUUAUUCAAGUAAUAUUUGUUUGACUUUGACAGCUUUAUUAUCAAUGUUGG